GACCCGGUCCGACAUGGUGUCGCCUCCUCCUGGGGCGGCGGCGGCGGCGGCGGCGGCGGCUCGGGCUUGGCUCUGCGUCGGGCCGGCUCCGCGGCCGCUCAUGGGCAGCCAGGGCGGCUUAGGGCCCCCCGGGAACGGCGGGCCUGGCGAGGGCGAGAGCGGGGAGACGAGGAAACUGCAGGAAGGGAGAGCCGCGAGGGGAAAGCGGAGGAAAGGGAAGGGGAAGGGGAAAGCAGGAGCAGGGCAAGGCGGAAGAGGAAGCGGGGCGGAAGGGAAGCCGCAGCCGCCACAGGCGAAGGAGGCAGCGGGGCUGGGGGCCGAGGCGGGAGAGAGGGCAGGCCUGGGAAAGGUAGGAGAGGGAGGCGGAAGCGUAGAGGAAGGGGCGAGAAGGAUCGUCAGGGGAGAUGAGGGGAGCGCAGGGGCGCGGAAGGAGGCCAAAGGAAGAUAUGAUGGGAAGAAGGAGGAGUGGAGGGUCAGAACUGGACAGCGGGAGGAGGCCAGGCCGGCGAGAGCACAGGGACGAGGGUGUCAGGCUUGGGGCCGCCUCGCUGGGACAGGGGCGGCCAUGGCGGCGGCGGCUGAGGAAGAGGCGGGAGCCCGGGAGCCUGCCGGCCGCCCCGCCGCGGGGCCCGCGCUCCUGCGCCUGCCGGAGGAGCUGCUGCUGCUCAUCUGUUCCUACCUGGACAUGCAGGCCCUCGGCCGCCUGGCUCAGGUGUGCCGCUGGCUGCGGCGCUUCACCAACUGCGACCUGCUCUGGCGCCGGAUAGCCCGGGCCUCGCUCAACUCCGGCUUCACGCGUCUCGGCACCGACCUGAUGGCCAGUGUACCAGUGAAGGAACGGGUGAAGGUAUCUCAGAACUGGAGGUUGGGGCGCUGCCGAGAGGGGAUUCUGCUGAAGUGGAAAUGCAGUCAGAUGCCCUGGAUGCAGCUAGAGGGUGAUUCUCUGUACAUAUCCCAGGCUAAUUUCAUCCUGGCCUAUCAGUUCCGCCCAGAUGGUGCCAGCUUGAACCGGAGGCCCCUGGGAGUCUUUGCUGGGCAUGAUGAGGACGUUUGCCACUUCGUGCUGGCCAACUCGCAUAUUAUCAGUGCAGGAGGAGAUGGGAAGAUUGGCAUUCAUAAGAUUCAUAGCACCUUCACUGUCAAGUACUCAGCCCAUGAACAGGAGGUGAACUGUGUGGAUUGCAAAGGGGGCAUCAUUGUGAGUGGCUCCAGAGACAGGACGGCCAAGGUAUGGCCUUUGGCCUCAGGCCGGCUGGGGCAGUGCUUACACACCAUCCAGACUGAAGACCGAGUCUGGUCCAUUGCUAUCAGCCCAUUGCACAGCUCCUUUGUGACAGGGACAGCCUGUUGUGGGCACUUCUCACCCCUAAGAAUCUGGGACCUCAACAGUGGACAGCUGAUGACGCACCUGGGCGGUGACUUUCCCCCAGGGGCGGGGGUGCUGGACGUCAUGUACGAGUCCCCUUCCACACUCCUGUCCUGUGGUUACGACACCUACGUUCGCUACUGGGACCUCCGAGCCAGUGUCCGGAAGUGUGUCAUGGAGUGGGAAGAGCCCCACGACAGCACGCUGUACUGCCUGCAGACAGACGGGAACCACCUGCUGGCCACUGGCUCCUCCUACUACGGUGUGGUGCGACUGUGGGACCGGCGCCAAAGGGCCUGCCUACACGCCUUCCCUCUGACGUCGACGCCCCUCAGCAGUCCUGUGUACUGCCUGCGCUUCACCACCAGGCAUCUCUACGCUGCGCUGUCUUACAACCUCCAUGGCCUGGACUUUCAAACGCCGUGACCGGGCCACCCCAGCCUGUGGGCCAGAGAAGCCAGCUACUCAGGGACCUCUGCUGUCUGCAGGGUGCAGUGAUACCUCCUCCCCGGCCCCGCCUGUGUUCCUAGACCUGUGACCAUGGUAAUCAGGCACCGUAAGAUAAAGGCUGCUGACUCCUGGGCACUGAGGUUACCCAGGGGUGCAAUCCCUCUCAGGAACCAGGUGGAAGGAAGGGACCUGCUGCUGCUCAGCUGAGCUUAGCCGGGCCUCGCUUCCCUGUUGGCCAGAGCAAGGAUCUGGCCGGGGGAGAGAGGCCCACCCCUUCUUAGAGCCGGGCCAGCUCACCACAAGAGUGAGGUGAGAUGCUCCAGCCUUCCCAGUUGGGCCCUUCCUGCCCCUUCCCUGGAAGGAGAGGGGAGGCUGCCAAUACUCUGUGACACCAGCCUCCACCUCAGUCAGACCCCACCUUUGACCAAGCUCUAGGGCUGGGGACUCACUCCUGGGGUACUGUGUGGCCUGGUCUUGCUUUGAAACCAAGAAAGGACAAAGGGAACCCUGAAAUUUUGAAUGAGUUCUGAGCCAGUCCAACCUCAGGCUAGCUGUGGAGACAUGCUAAAAUGUUCAUUUUGUAGAAAUAAAGCUUGACUGUUCACA